AUGUCGUCCUCUCGUCAAUUCCUCUCCUCUGCGCUCAGGCAGUCCCGCGCUGCCGGCCAGAGGACCGCCCAGUUCUCGACCACCUCGCCAGCCGCUGCCAUCCGCGACAUCCCCACCACCUCUUUCCAAAAUGCCCCGCGCACCAAUAACAACCACACCAACAACAACAGCUCGUCGGGCUCCAACCAGUACAAGUCGGACAUGUUCAACCUCCUAAACAGCGGUUCCGGCAGCCGGGGAGGAGGAAGAAACAACAGCAGCAGCUUCAACGACGCAGGACACAGCACCUACUACAACAGCCAGAAGGUGCAGGAGAUGCUGCAGUCCGAGGUGACGGCGGCCAACUACAUGAAGCAGAUGAAGCGCCAGUGGAGCAACGGCGACGUGUACGCGCCGCGCGACCUGUCGGCGUACGAGAUGAAGGGCGGCCGCCAGGGAAAGUGGACGCCGCCGGCGGACGCGGUUGAUCAGCUGGGGUUUAGUCCUUUGGAUAACUAUCGUAACUUCUCCCUCGUCUCCGACUACAUGACCGCCUUCGGCCGCAUAAAGCACUCCAACCAGACGGGCCUCAAACCCGUCAACCAGCGCAAGAUCGCCAAGAUGGUGCGGCGCGCCAUCGGCCUCGGCAUCCACCCCUCCGUGCACAAGCACCCCGAGAUCCUCAAGCAGAGCACGGGCAGACACUUGUUGCCGCUUGUUGUGCCCAAGGGCCGCGAGGCGAACAAGACCAAGAACUUUGAUGGAGAGGAUGAGCACUAG